AUGAACGAUCUGCUCUCCCGCUCUUUAAUUCGCUCCGUCGCGGACGAUUCAUCGCCGCCACACUCGCACAGCGCCAUCGAGAUGCCAAAGACCAUGUUCUUCGGCGGUGGGAACAACCUCGACCUAGAAGAAGGGCAAGGGGAAAGGGAAGCAUUUUUGCAGAAACCAGCGAUAGAAGAACAAGGUGGAGGUAGUGUUUUGGACAGAGUUAACGAGUUGCAAAAGAGAAACGAUGCACUAAUACUGAUGAAGAAGAAAUUUCGAGAUGUUGAAAAUACUUGUUAUAUGUAUUUGGUGAUUUUGAUCAUUGUUUUAAUGGUUUUAGGGUAUCUUGGGUUUUGA